ACAUAUUCUUAAUGUCAGUUUCAAAAAAUUCCAGUUGGCAAAAAUGUUUCUGUGCAUUAAAAACCAAAUUCCUGAACUGUUAAUGAGUUUUAAAGAAAUAAAUUUAGUUAAAAAGAAUUCAAACGUUGAAGAUGUGAAGCCUGUUAAACUAUCAUACAAAACCUAUAACAAUAGUGCUGCUCCCCCUUUAGUGAUAAUUCAUGGUCUAUUUGGAACUAAAACAAAUUGGUCUACGAUUGGUAAAUCAUUUAAUGAUAAUACUAUACCUAGCAGGAAAGUUAUAGUUGUAGACUGUCGUAAUCAUGGUGAAAGUCCCCACACUGAGUCUCAUACAUAUACACAUAUUGUCGCCGAUUUAAAGGCAUUAUUGGAUAGUUUAUCAAUUCAAAGGCUAGCAUUACUCGGCCAUUCUAUGGGAGGAAGGGCUUCCAUGCUAUUUUCACUUAAAUAUCCCAAUCUGGUAGAGAAAUUAAUUGUAGAAGACACUUCUCCAAUUUCUGGAAUGCAGAUGGAUAACUUUUUACAUGUUAUUGAUACGCUUAUGAACGUCAAAAUACCUACAAAUGUCUCCCUCUCUGAAGCAAAAAAACACGUAGACACACAAUUAAAUUCAAAAAUUACUUGUAUGCUUGUAAGAAAUUUUCUCCUGUCAAACCUUAUCAAAAAAGAGGAUGGAAGCAUUAAUUGGAAACUAAAUUUGCCUGUUCUAAAAAAGGAUUUAAAAUAUAUGUGGGAAUUUCCCCUCGAUGAUACAAUGAAGUAUGAAGGACCUACUCUUUUUGUCGGUGGAGAGAAAUCGAGCUUUCUACCAAAAUCAGAUUUUCCGGAAAUUAAAAAAUAUUUCCCUAAAGCAGAACUAAUCUAUAUUAAUGGUGCCAGUCAUUGGUUACAUCAAGAAAAACCUAGAGAGUUCUUGGAUAUUACUUUGGAAUUUUUAAACAGACCUAUUAAAUAACAUUGUAUUAUAUAAAGAUAUAUCGUUUUAUAAGAAAUAAAGUUAUUUGAAAAAUUAAUGUAAAGGUAUGUAUUAGUGAUGUAACGAAUGUCAUUUUUUGAACAUUUGCGAAUACGAAUGCGAAUAUCUGCUACCGACAUUCGCGAAUGCGGAUGCGAAUGCGAAUAUUCAGUUUUUUUUAAUUUGUUUCUAUUUUUGUAAUGUUUCCUAAAUUUUUAAUGAAAAGUUAAUUGAUAUUUAGUGUAAAUCAAUCUGAAUCUUAAGCUUUAUUACAUAAUACCAAAUAAUAAAAAAAAGUGAAGGCUGAUAAUGUGAUUAGGAUCCAAGGUUAAGUUCUAUCUAUAUAUUGCCCUUCAUGUGUCCAAAGUUGAAAGUAGGCCUCCCUCUAAUUUUUCCACUCUCCUUGGUUCAGUGCUAAUGCUAUCGAUCUGGUCCCUGCGUAUCUUUUAAGGUCAUUCGACCAUCUCGUCUGUGGUCUGCCCCUUCCUCUUUUGUAUUCCCAAGGUCUCCAGUGAGUUAUCGCUUCAUUCCACCUUCCGUCUCUUUGUCUGCUGUUGUGUCCUGCAUAUUUCCAUUUGAGAGUACCUACCUGCAUGUUUGAGGUUAAGUUACCUUUUCUUAAUAAAAAAAGAUGAGAAGUGCAUAGAUUUUGAUUUUAUUAAGCUAAUAUUAUC